AGCUCCCCGCGCCAGGGCGGGCAGCUUCUUUGCAGCAUCAGCAGCUGGGGCUGCGGCAGCUUCUUUCCCAGGCUCCGGCUGAGCCGGGCGGCGGGGUGAAAACAGCGCCCUACAGGACAGCGGUGCAGAGCCCCGCGGCUACCAGCGCCCGCUGGCACCAUGGACACCUCCUGCCCGGCCGGCGCGCUGCUCCUGCUCUGCUUCCUCGGGCUGCCUGGGGCUAGCAGCGGGGGCUUGGCGAGCCCCGCCGGGAGGCGGCAGAGGGGCUGCCCGGCCCUGUGCCAGUGUGAGCAGGACGGGAUGCUCCUCAGGGCGGACUGCUCCGACCGGGGGCUCACAGCGGUGCCCACCAACCUCAGCCUCUUCACCUCCUACCUUGAUCUCAGUAUGAACAACAUCACUAAGCUGCCCUCAAACCCCCUGCACAAUCUCCGCUUCCUGGAAGAGCUACGUCUUGCAGGAAAUGGCUUGACAUACAUUCCCAGGGGAGCAUUUGCUGGCCUUUUCAGUCUUAAAGUGCUAAUGCUGCAGAACAAUCAGUUAAAGCAGGUUCCCACUGAAGCACUCCAGAACUUGCGCAGUCUUCAGUCUCUACGUCUGGAUGCCAACCACAUCAACUACGUGCCACCCAACUGCUUCAGUGGCUUGGUCUCUCUUAGACACUUGUGGCUGGAUGACAACUCUUUGACAGAAAUUCCUGUGCAAGCUUUUAGGAGUUUAUCAGCACUUCAGGCAAUGACACUGGCAUUGAACAAAAUACAUCACAUACCAGACUAUGCUUUUGGAAACCUCUCCAGUUUGGUAGUUCUACAUCUCCAUAACAAUAGAAUCUACUCCCUGGGAAAGAAAUGCUUUGAUGGGCUCCACAGCCUAGAGACUUUAGAUUUAAAUUACAACAGUCUGGAUGAAUUCCCCACUGCUAUCAGGACACUCACAAACUUAAAAGAACUGGGAUUUCAUAGUAAUAACAUCAAAUCAAUACCUGAGUAUGCAUUUGUGGGUAAUCCAUCACUUAUAACCAUUCAUUUCUAUGACAACCCUAUCCAGCUUGUGGGACGGUCUGCUUUUCAACACUUACCAGAACUCAGAACCCUGACUUUAAAUAGUGCUUCACAAAUAACUGAGUUUCCUGAUCUGACUGGAACUACAAGUCUGGAAAGUUUGACACUUACAGGAGCACAAGUCACCUCUCUUCCCAAAGUAGCUUGUGAUCAGCUACCUAAUCUUCAAGUGCUAGAUCUGUCUUACAAUCUGCUACAAGAUUUACCCUGUUUUACUGCUUGCAAAAAACUUCAGAAAAUUGACUUACAUCAUAAUGAAAUCUAUGAAAUCAAGGCCGACACAUUUCAGCAGCUGGUUGCCCUGCGCUCUUUGGAUUUAGCUUGGAACAAAAUUGCAGUUAUUCACCCCAGCGCAUUCUCCUCUUUACCAUCCCUGAUCAAACUGGAUCUGUCAUCCAACCUUUUGUCUUCUUUUCCUGUGACUGGGCUACAUGGUUUAACUCAUUUAAAAUUAACAGGAAAUCAUGACCUACAAAGUUUGAUAUCAUCUGAAAAUUUUCCAGAACUCAAGGUCAUAGAAAUGCCUUAUGCUUACCAGUGCUGUGCAUUUGGAACUUGUGAAAGCCACUACAAAAUCUCCAGCCAGUGGAACAAAGAGGAGAACAGCAGUGCUGAUGAUUUUCAUAAGAAAGAUUCUGGAAUGUUACACAUUCAAGAUGAACAUGACUUUGAGGAUUUUCUGCUUGACUUUGAAGAAGAUUUGAAAGCUCAUCAUUCGGUGCAAUGCACACCCUCUCCAGGCCCCUUCAAACCAUGUGACCAUCUGUUUGGUAGUUGGCUAAUCAGAAUUGGAGUGUGGACCAUAGUGGGUUUGGCAUUUAUUUGCAAUGCACUGUUAACUGCAACAGUCUUCAGAUCUCCAUUGUAUAUUUCCUCUAUAAAACUUCUAAUUGGACUGAUAGCCAUUGUAAACAUGCUAAUGGGUCUGUCCAGUGGUGUAUUGGCCAGCCUGGAUGCAUUAACCUUUGGCAGCUUUGCUCAAUAUGGUGCUUGGUGGGAAAGCGGAGUUGGUUGCCAAGUCACUGGCCUUCUGUCCAUUUUUGCUUCAGAGACUUCCAUUUUCCUCCUUACCCUGGCAGCACUCGAACGUGGGUUCUCUGUAAAGUAUGCUACAAAGUUUAAAACAAAAUCCUCUCUUGCUAGUGUGAAAAUAGCCAUUUUCUUUUGCUUUAUGUUGGCCUUGAUAAUUGCAGUGUUACCACUUCUCAGUGAGAGCAAAUAUGGGGUGUCUCCGCUCUGUUUACCUUUGCCAUUUGGGGAACUCAGCUCUAUGGGCUUCAUGGUAGCAUUGGUCUUAUUAAACUCUCUUUGCUUUCUGGUGAUGACUGUUGCCUAUACAAAACUGUACUGUAGUUUGGAGAAGAGCGAACUAGACAAUAUUUGGGACUGUUCUAUGAUCAAGCAUAUAGCAUUGUUACUUUUUACUAAUUGCAUUCUCUAUUGCCCUGUGGCCUUCUUAUCUUUUUCCUCCUUACUAAACCUCACUUUUAUUAGCCCAGAAGUGAUUAAAUCAAUACUCCUAGUGAUUGUCCCACUGCCCGCAUGUCUAAACCCACUUCUUUAUAUCCUCUUCAAUCCACAUUUUAAGGAAGAUCUGGGAAGUCUCAGAAAGCAAACUUUGUUAUGGAGCAGAUCAAAACAUACAAGUCUGAUCUCUGUUAAUUCAGACGAUGUAGAGAAACAGUCCUGUGACUCAACACAAGCCCUGGUAACCUUUGCAAGUGCCAGCAUAUCGUAUGACGUGCCUACCAGCAACUCACUAAUGCCAUCACCUUAUCAAACGACAGAAAGCUGUAAUCUUUCAUCAGUAGCAUUUGUUCCAUGUCACUAGUUUCAGGGGCAAAAACAAAUGUAUGUAUGUUUACA